UCUUAAAACCUUUAAAAAGCAGUUGUGCAAUAAUUUAUUUCAAUCUUGCGUGCCAAGUUAUUGUAAUACCCAAACUAUCUAGGGGUGAAGUGAAAUGUAGAUAAAGGAAGUUGAGUGUAGUAGGUUUCCUAUACCAUUUUCCAGUCUCUUUAAGUACAGGAGUACAACACAUGCAUUUGGGGGAGUCCUUUGCAGCACUCAUUUGAGGCAGUUUUUACUCAACAAGCCUCACCUUGAUGGCUUGCUGGCAAACAACCCUUCACUCAGCUGUGGCUGCACUGCAUGGUGUGCUGAUCUGGGGUAGGACUUCAAGAUUCUACCUUCUGUCCAGGUACCUUUCCUGAUAAAUGAAUGAGUCAGCGAUGAUCCUUGGCUUCAUGUAAUCCUUCAAUUAAUUUUAUCUCCAUGGCAAUGCCUUACUCUGAAACUAAGCCACGCCUGUAGUUUGAGUAAUCAUGGUUGAGGGCAAAGGUUGUGCAGCCCUCAGGAGGGGCCUGCAGCCAUGCUGCUCCCGGAAGGACGGGAAAAGGAGGAUAGCAUUCAGAGGCGCUGCUCAGCCCGAGGGCUGGGAGGCAUUCCUGUCUGCCAGCAGCUUGGGGUGAGAAAGCUGCCAUGAGGACUUUUGAGGAACAGACAGCAUGUGUUGUGGAAGCCUUAUUUGAUGAUCUCCUAAAUGAGGAUGAAGCCGAUUUCCGAUGCCUGCAGACAGACUCAGGAGGGUCUGUGCAGUCUGAGGAAGAGCCAAGUGGUUUUGACCCCGUUAUUAUUGCCAGUCGUCUGCGGCAGAUUGGCGAUCAGUGCAACAUGGAUUUUGAAAGGGUUUCCUCACAGGUUCUUCAUGAAGUACUCAUGGGGAAGAUGGAGAAAUUUGGGGCUGCUGUGGAUUCUCUCUGCAAAAGGUGGAGUGACCAGAACCCUGAGCUGGUCUAUGAGAGAGCUUUUCUCUCUGUUUCUGUGAAACUGAUGAUGUAUAUUCUUAAGAAAGGAGCUGCUAAUGUCAAUCCUGGUCACCUCGUAAAAGCGAUUAAUGAAAAUGCUCAAGUGAAAAACUACAUUGAGACCCGUGGAGGAUGGGAGAAGUUGGACAACUGAGAGACAACCUUCCAGAAUGUGAAGCUGGGAUUUUCAUUGAUUUAACUGGGACAAUUGCUUUUAUAUUUCUUCAGGAGAUUGCUAGAAGAACUGUAAUUUAUAAAGAAAUUCUGUAUCACUACGAAUAAAAAGGAAUAAA